AUGGCCACCUUCGACCCAACCAACCCCAGAUUCAAGGGCUUCGACCUCAUCCAGGCGACAUAUAAGCGCAUCAGCAACCAUGCCAUCCGCGUCGAUGUCCUCGUUCCGCAGACACCAGCCACGGCUGAAAGACCGACUAUCGUGCGGUUUCAUGGCGGCGGACUCGUAAUGGCCGACUCGCUCUACCACGACUUCUGGCCGCAAUGGCUCUCCGACCUCGCGCUGUCCCACAACGCCAUAAUCGUCAGCCCAAACUACCGCCUCAUGCCGCAAGCCACGAGCCUCGAAAUAUACGACGACAUCGAGGACUUCUGGGCCUGGCUCAAAUCCCCCGCGUUUAGCGGUCUCCUUUCGACACACAACACACCCACGCAGGCUGAUCUAGACCGUAUCCUUGUCUCCGGCGAGUCAGCAGGUGGUCUUCUAUCCGUAAACACAUCGCUCACCCACGCAUCCGAGAUCCGCGCUACGAUCGCGCUGUAUCCAUCUCUUGACCCCAGCGCGCCGGAGUUCUCCGAGACCCGGGGCAAAGAGCGCCUUCCGUUCGGCCUGAGUACGCCUGAAACAGUUAUCGACGAGGCGCUUGCUAAGGCUGCGAUCCCGGAAUGCGGGCCGGUGUCGUCGCUCAUUCAGCCGGAUUGGCUGGGCGUGAUGUGUGCGGCGAUUGAGCACGGGAAGAUUGGGGCGUGGUACGUCAGGGGUUCGGAGGGGUCGGGGCGUCAGGAUCUCUUGUUCCCGGUGCGGAGGUUGGAGGGGCCGGAUGUGGGGAUUCCUCGCGGUGGGAUUACGGUUAUUCAUGGGGCGCAGGAUAGUGUUGUUCCUGUUGCUCAUCCGGUGCCGUUUGUGGAGAGGGCGCGUCAGGUCUUUAAGGGGAGGCCGGGGGGUGAUAGGAUUGCGAUGGUGGUGCAUGAGGGUGAGCAUGGUUUUGAUACGGGGGUGAGGUAUGAGGAGCCGUGGAUGAAGGAGGCGUUGAGUACGGCUGUUGAGGCGUGGUUGGAGUAA